CAGUUAGGAGCCAAAGACUCGAAAAAAGGAACCCUUCAUUUAUUAUCCUUAUCCUUUUGUUUCUGUUAAAGGCAUAAACCUCAAUACCUCAUGGACACAUUGUUACAAGAGAUGGAGAAUGCCGAAGGGAGGAGAUCAUCAUCUGAUGUACAACACAUGAGGCAGAAGGUACAACUCAGUCCGCCGCCGCCGGCUGCAUCGGCGGCCACCUCCCCAUCACAUGAAUUCUCCUUCUCCGUCUCCUUUCCUCCUAAAAACACAUUUUCGUCUUUCGCCAUCAACGACUUAUCUCCGGCCGACGAUAUUUUCCUCCACGGACACUUGCUUCCCCUCCAUGAUGUCCUCCCGGUCUCGAAUCAUCGCCCGACCAUGGAAGACGACGACAACCUAAAAUACUUGUCAGAAUCCAAUCAAAAUGGAAUCAUGGAGCGAAAGAAAUCGAGAUUCUUGUCUCUCAUCGGAUGGAGGAGAUCGAAAGAUCGGGAUAGGGAUGAUGAUCGAGAAGAUGAUGAUCAUUGGGGGAAGAAGCAGAGGAGGAGAUCGAAAUUCGACAUGAGUAGUGUAGUGAAGAGUUACAUGAGAUUGAUGAAGCCUAUUAUCCAGCUCAUCGUAAACGGCCGGCGAAGUGGCGGCGACCGGAGGCGGCAGCGGCGGCAGCCUCGAUCGUUUUCCGGCAACUUGCCGAUGAAAAGCAAGAAAUGGGAGUUGCAGGGCGAGUACUCGGCCCCGGCUUCGAUGAUGCCUUCCCGGACUAAUAGCGGCCUUUUGCUCGGGAGCGGCAUUACGCCGACGACCCGCGGCGGCGAUAGCACCAUUGAAGAACUUCAGGCAGCCAUUCAAGCUGCCAUUGCUCAUUGCAAGAAUACCUUGGCCACCGCUGAAGAUGAAGAUCAAAUCAAACUUCCAUAACUAUAUGUAUGUAUGUAUGUAUGAAUAAACUAGUUAAGGUUUGUGCAAUCUAUUGUAACGCAUAAGAAUUAACGAUCGAAUAACAAACAUAAAUAUAAAGAAAGACAUAUAUUUAUAUGAUUCACCAACAACUUAUUGGCUACGUUCACGGACAGAAAUAUAAAACAGAUUUAAAGAAGACAACUAAGUUACCGAUUACAUAUUUCAUAUAGAGUGUGUUUGUUUGCGGGUUUGGAGUUCGAUU